CUCAUUUCACCUAAUCUCACUUCACAUCAGUACCAUCGAUAGGUCUCAUCUAAAACAUCAUCCAAGACCCUCACAAGCCCUCGCCAAUCCUCAAAAUGCACUUCCUCUCCACCCUUCUCCUUCUCGCCCCGGCCCUGGCAUCCCCAAUCGCCCAACGCGAGGAGACGUGCGGCCAAAAGUCAGGCAAGCUCUCUGAGUGGACGCUCACGAGCUUCGACUACCACGCCAGCUACAUCUUCAGCACGCCCUCGCACCAGAACUCAUGGGGCUACAUCAGCUUCAACGUUUCCAACCCGGUCCUCGACUACACCUGCACGCCGCCCGAGGGCGGGGAGAGCACGACCACGUCCUUUACCUGGAGUACGCCUGAGAAGGCUGUUACGUUGAACCAGUCGUGGACUUGCAAUGACGAUCCCAAGUAUCCAGCCCGCUACACCGCAAAGGGCGGCGCAGUCGCCGAUCUCCAGUGCGAGGAGACGUUUUGGCAAAAUGAUAACUGGACCAUUGGCCAGAUUUACUCGACGCGCAACAUCAACUGCGGCAUCAUCACGCUGCCUACCCCAAUCAAGGAGAUCUCCGCGGUCGCUUAGAUGGAGCAAUUCUCUACCACGGUCCGUGGUAAUCUCAAAUCCAGCGCAAGGCAUAACCUCAUUCGCGCAUGAUCGACGACGUUUACACGACUUUUAUGAUGGAUUGGCGGAUUCGCUUUCACGACACCCCUUCGAAAGAUGCUUCGCAUUUUUGCAUAGUUCCGGCGCGUA